UAAAUGUAUUGUUAUAAACUGGACUAUGACAAAAAUGCUUGUUGUACUUAGAAGCAUAAAUGAUUUCAUACACUUUCUAAACAUUGUUCUUCAGUUUAGGUUGGCUUAUGUGGCUCCUGAGUCUAGGGUGGUUGGUGCCGGGGAGUUAGUUGACCAUCCUAAGAAAAUAGCUUUUCACUACUUUCGGACAUCUUUUAUUAUUGACUUAUUUGUUGUACUUCCACUUCCUCAGAUAUUCAUAGUGUUUGUCCUACCAAAGCACUUGGAAACGGGGUCAACAGGAGCAAACUAUUCAAAGAAUCUUUUGCGUAAUGUGAUCCUUGUUCAGUAUAUUCCCAGACUGUGUAGGUUUCUUCCUAUGCUAAUUUCUCCAAGUGGAUUCAUAUUUGAGUCUCCAUGGGCAAGUUUCUUUAUAAAUCUUUUUACCUUUAUGCUAUCUGGCCACUUUGUUGGGUCCUGGUGGUACCUCUUUGGUUUGCAGAGGGUUAAUAUGUGUCUACGACGAGCCUGCAAGAUAACAAAUAUCAGUGAAUGUACAAAAUUCAUUGAUUGUGGGCAUGGACAAACAGCAGAUUAUCAAAAUAAAACAAAUUGGCUUAAAUGGAAGAACAGUUCUGUUGCAAGUGCUUGUUUUACUGAAGAUGGUUUUGAGUACGGUAUCUAUCUUAAAGCUGUCAACCUUACUGCAAAUCAUAAUGUGAUCAAUAGAUAUGUAUAUUCAUCAUUUUGGGGAUUCCAGCAAAUUAGUACACUGGCUGGCAAUUUAAUCCCUAGUUAUGAUGUUUGUGAAGUUCUUUUUACAAUGGCCAUUAUAGGAUCGGGACUGUUGCUGUUUGCUCUUCUCAUUGGAAACAUACAGAACUUUCUUCAGGCUCUUGGACGCAGGAGGCUAGAAAUGUCACUUAGACGACGGGAUGUUGAGGAAUGGAUGAGCCAUAGACGCUUAGCAGCAGAUCUUAGAAGGAGAGUGAGACAGGCUGAACGUUAUAACUGGGCCGCAACAAGGGGGGUGAAUGAAGAAAUGCUCCUAGAGAAUUUGCCAGAAGACCUCCAAAGGGACAUUAGACGCCAUCUCUUUACAUUUAUCAAGAAAGUAAGAAUUUUUGCCUUGUUGGAUGAGCCAAUCUUGGAUGCCAUAUGUGAGAGGCUAAGACAAAAAACAUACAUCAAAGGAAGCAAAAUUUUGUAUGAUGGUGGUCUGGUAGAGAAGAUGGUUUUUAUAGUGCGUGGAAAAUUGGAGAGCAUUGGCGAAGAUGGAAUCAGUGCUCCUCUUUAUGAAGGGAGUGUUUGUGGUGAAGAACUUCUGACAUGGUGUCUCGAGCAUCCUUUAGCAAGCGAAGGUUGUGGGAAAGCAAGGAUUCCAAGGCAAAAGUUGGUUGGCAACAGGACAGUAUGUUGCUUAACAAAUGUGGAGGCAUUUUCCCUUAGAGCAGCAGACCUUGAAGAAGUUACAAGCCUUUUUGCCAGAUUCUUUAGGAGUACUCGUGUUCAAGGAGCCAUAAGGUAUGAAUCACCUUAUUGGAGAUGCUUUGCAGCAACGAGCAUCCAGGUUGCAUGGAGAUACAGAAUGAAAUGUCUUAGUCGUUCCAACACCUCAAAUAAUUAUCAAGGAAAGAUGGCUAAUUUUGAAAAUGAUAAGCUGCCGAUGCUGUCAGAUACAGAUGCACAACCAUUUGAUGAACGUGAAUCCUCGGAUUCUAAAUUCCGAAGGAUAAUAACCAGGACGCAAAGUGCAUCAAUUUCUAUUCCUAUGACCUCCUUGGAGUCAUAUGAGAAAGAAACUAGUCUUGUGGGACAUACUGGUCCACUUCAGAGCAAGAGAAACACACCCGUUGUGCAGAUGAGUGGUCCACUAUAUGCUACCACUGGAAGUGGAAAUCUUUUGCAGAAGCGUGUUGUUGUAUCAGGAAACAAAGCAGAGGAGACAGAAACAGACAAUUUUGCUACAUUCCGCGAAACAGGUUCAAAUUUCUGGAAUAACGACUAUGAUAGAAAAAAUGAACACUUACUGAGGUCUGGGCAACUGGGAAUGUGCAAUGAUCCUUAUUGUACUACUUGCCCUACUUACUUCAAUGCUUCUCAGCAAAGAAAUCCAAAACCUUCAACUAGAUGGGAUCCAAAGUUCCAUAAUGCUCUUUAUGGGGAUGCAAAGAGUUUUGUCAGAAAACUUCUUUCUUUCUGCUCUUCUUAUGUUCUUGGAGUUAAGAACCCUCAUGCCAAGGUUGUACAAAGAUGGAACCAAUUUUUGGCCAUAUUUUGCCUGAUUGCUAUUUUUGUGGACCCAUUAUUUUUCUUCUUACUCUAUGUGGAGAAGGAUAAUAAAUGUAUUGUUAUCAACUGGCCUAUGACGAAAGCACUUGUUUCAUUUAGAUGUGUGAAUGAUUUUCUUUAUUUCCUUAACAUUCUUCUACAGUUUAGGUUAGCUUAUGUUUCUCGUGAAUCGAGGGUGGUUGGUGCUGGAGAUUUAGUUGACCAUCCAAAGAAAAUUGCUCUUCAUUACCUAAAGGGUUAUUUCCUUAUUGACUUAUUUGUUGUAUUUCCUCUUCCUCAGAUAAUGAUAUUGUUUGUCCUACCAAAUUCUUUUGGGGGAGCAAAUUAUGCAAAGAAUCUUCUGCGUGCAGCGAUCUUAGUGCAAUAUAUCCCCAAGUUAUUCAGGUUUCUGCCGCUGCUAAUUGGUCAAUCUCCAACAGGAUUCAUAUUUGAGUCAGCCUGGGCAAAUUUCAUUAUAAAUCUCCUCAUUUUUAUGCUUGCUAGUCAUGUUGUUGGCUCUUGCUGGUACCUCUUUGGUCUACAGAGGGUUAAUCAGUGUUUGCGGAAUGCCUGCCAUAGUUCUAAUAUAACUGGAUGCAUGAAAUUCAUUGAUUGUGGACGUGGCCUUGGAAACAAUCAGCCUAGCUUAUCAUAUCAGUGGAUGAAUAAUAGCGAUGCUGUUGCUUGUUUGGAUUCCUCUUCUGAUGGUUUCUCUUAUGGGAUUUAUGGGAGUGCUGUACCACUUACUAUAGAAACUAACUUGGUCAACAAAUAUGUGUAUUCUCUUUUUUGGGGAUUCCAGCAAAUCAGUACUCUAGCUGGUAAUCUAGAUCCUAGCUAUUUUGUGUGGGAAGUGCUUUUUACCAUGGCCAUCAUAGGAAUGGGACUCUUGCUUUUUGCAAUUCUGAUUGGAAACAUACAGAACUUUCUUCAGGCUCUUGGACGGAGGAAGCUGGAAAUGCAACUUAGAGGUCGUGACGUCGAGCAAUGGAUGAGCCAUCGACGCUUACCAGAAGAUCUAAGGAGGAGAGUUAGACAGGCUGAACGGUAUAAUUGGGCUGCAACAAGGGGUGUGAAUGAAGAAAUGCUUAUGGAGAAUUUGCCAGAAGAUCUGCAGAGAGACAUAAGACGUCAUCUCUUCAAAUUUGUGAAGAAAAUUCGGAUUUUUGCCCUGAUGGAUGAGCCUAUCUUGGAUGCCAUUUGUGAGAGACUGAGACAAAAGACAUACAUUAAAGGAAGUAGAAUUCUGAGUCAGGGUGGACUGGUCGAGAAGAUGGUAUUUGUGGUGCGUGGUAAAUUGGAGAGCAUUGGAGAAGAUGGAACGAGAAUUCCUCUAUCUGAAGGGGAUGCUUGCGGUGAAGAACUUCUGACAUGGUAUCUUGAACAUUCUUCAGUUAGCACAGAUGGUAGAAAAGUAAGGCUUCCAGGGCAGAGAUUGGUCAGCAACAGGACAGUAAGGUGCUUAACAAAUGUGGAGUCAUUUUCACUCUCUGCUUCAGACCUUGAAGAAGUCACAAUCCUUUUCACAAGAUUCUUGCGGAGUCCAUGCGUUCAAGGAGCCCUAAGGUAUGAGUCACCUUAUUGGAGAUCCCUUGCUGCGACCCGCAUUCAAGUUGCAUGGAGAUACAGGAAGAAACGUCUAAGUCGUCUCAAUUCCUCACCAUCAGAUUAAACAAUGAGGUUGUGGCCUGUGGGUUUAACUUUUAUAUUUGAUUUGGUAGAGUUUUUAUGAUCUCCAACCCAAUAUAGUAGAUUGACUAUGUUCUUACCAACAUGCAAAGGUGUCCUUUUUAAAUUCUAGAAAAGUGAAGAAUUCUACCAUUAAAAGGAGGCAUCUUUGCAUGCAUUAUCUUGACAUCACAAUCUCAUAUAUAUAAAUUAACAAAAGGAAUUGGAAAACUUGGUGUAGUAUUAUACAAUGCUCACCAAGACUUCAAAAUAUGGUAGUUUACAUAGUUAGAAUUCAAGGUUCUGGUUUGAGAGAAGAGAGAAUAGGGAGGAAAAGUGUAUAAAACUGAAAAUAGGAUUGUAUUGAUAAAAGGAUAGGCGACUACAAAAUGAUUGUAUCAAGACUUUAUACUUGCUAACAAACUACCAUCCUUUACCAGCAA